CACAUCUUCGUGCCCCUCAGCUUGUCCCCUCUCACCCAUUCCGAACUCCUACGACCCGAACACAAGAUUCCCGGAGAAUGGCUCCCGGUGUUGACGAUCCUAGAAUAUCUGCCCAAGAGGCUUUCGCUAUCAACGCAGCUGCUGUAACAAGGAACUAUGGGGUAAACCCGAGGAUCAAUUACAACACUGUUGCUGGUGUUAAUGGACCAUUGGUUAUUCUAGAUAACGUCAAAUUUCCACGUUAUAAUGAGAUUGUUAACCUUACUCUCCCUGAUGGGACUAAGCGUGCUGGCCAAGUUCUAGAAGUUCGUGGAAGCAGAGCCAUUGUUCAGGUUUUCGAGGGCACUCCGGGCAUCGACGUUCGUAAGACGACUGUAGAGUUCACCGGCCAAAAUCUUAAAAUUCCAGUGUCGGAAGAUAUGUUGGGCCGUAUCUUCGAUGGAUCCGGUAGGGCUAUUGAUAAAGGGCCUAAGGUUUUUGCAGAGGAUUAUUUGGACAUCAACGGGUCCCCUAUCAACCCCUACUCACGCGUGUACCCCGAAGAAAUGAUUUCCACCGGAAUCAGUGCUAUUGAUACUAUGAACUCUCCCGUGGUCAAAAAAUCCCCAUCUUCUCAGCCGCUGGCCUUCCCCACAACGAAAUUGCUGCGCAGAUUUGCCGUCAAGCCGGUUUGGUGAAAGGACCUAGCAAGGGUAUUCAUGACGAUCACGAAGAGAAUUUCUCGAUUGUCUU